GCUCCCAUGACUACAAAAACCCUUAUGGACUUCGCACAGCCCUACAUGUCAGGCCAUUUAGCUGGUUCUCCCAGCCCACCUGCCUGGGGAUGCUGAAGGAGGAUAGUGACCAUGGGACCAAGAGGAGAGCGUGGUACUUGGUGGUGCUGAAGGAGGACACGGUGACAACAGACCUUGAGGAGAUGGUGAAACUCAAUACUAUCGAUGUCUCCUCUGAGUUAGAAAGCAGAAAGGAAGACGAGCAAGGGAAGGCUGACUGGUAGGGAGGAGGAGUGGACUUGGGUUCCUAGGAGAGAAGCUGAUGAAAUUUUCCCCAUCUUGGCAGGACUGUGUGACCUUUGAGGAUGUGGCCAUUUACUUCUCCCAGGAAGAGUGGGGGCUCCUUGAUGAGGAUCAGCGGGUGCUGUACCUCGGUGUGAUGUUGGAGAACUUUGCACUUGUAACCUCACUAGUUUGUUGGCAUGGAAUGGAGGAUGAAGAGAUACCUUCUGAGCAGAUUUCUGUAGGACUGUCACAAGUCAAGACUACAAAGGCAGGUGUUUCUACCCAGGAGACUUAUCCCUGUGAAAUGUGUGUUCCAGUUCUGAAAGACCUUUUGCACCUGGCUGAUCAACCUGGGCAGGAACCAUACUUGACUGGGAUAUGUGCAAACCUUCACCAGGAGCAGAAUUGUCACAGCUCAGAGAUGUCCUUGAAGAGAGACUUGGGGAAAGCCUCAUUUAUGAAGAGCUGCAGAAUCCAAGGGAAACCUGUAACUUGUGGGGAUGUUGGAAAAAGCUUCUUGGCCACAUUGGACUUUAUCCAGCCCCAGUCUGUUCCCAACUGUGAGAGGCCAAAUACAGUUACUGAGUGUGGGGAAGAUCUUCAUAUUGGAAUAAAUCAUUACAAGUGGGGUGAAUGCAGAAAAACUUCCAGCCACAAACAUGCUCUUGUUCACCAUCCACCAGUCUACACUGGAAAAAGGCUUUAUGAAUCUACCAAAUGUGGGAAAGCCUACUGCUGCAAGUACUCACUUAUUCAGCUCCAGAGAGUCCAUAAUGGAGAAAGGCCUUAUGAAUGCAGUGAAUGUGGGAAAUCUUUCAGCCAGACCUCCCACUUGAAUGACCACCGCAGAAUCCACACUGGAGAGAGGCCUUAUGAGUGUGGUCAGUGUGGGAAAUCAUUUAGUCAAAGAGCCACCCUCAUUAAACAUUACAGAGUGCACACUGGAGAAAGGCCUUAUGAGUGUGGUGAAUGUGGGAAAUCUUUUAGCCAAAGCUCCAACCUCAUUGAACACUGCAGAAUUCACACUGGAGAAAGGCCUUAUGAGUGUGAUGAGUGUGGGAAAGCAUUUGGGUCCAAAUCCACUCUUGUUCGACACCAGAGAACUCACACGGGAGAAAAGCCUUAUGAAUGUAGCGAAUGUGGGAAAUUCUUUACACAGAGCCACAGCCUACUUGAACACCAGAUAAUUCACACCGGAGCAAGGCCUUAUGAGUGUGGACAGUGUGGUAAGUCAUUUAGCCUAAAGUAUGGCCUCAUUCAACAUCAGUUAAUCCACAGUGGGGCUAGGCCUUUUGAGUGUGACCAGUGUGGAAAAUCUUUUAGCCAAAGAGCCACCCUCAAUAAACACCACAAGGUGCACACUGCAGAAAAGCCUUAUGAGUGUGGGGAAUGUGGGAAAGCCUUUAUGUUCAAAUCCAAACUCAUUCGGCACCAGAGGACUCACACUGGAGAAAGACCUUUUGAGUGUAGUGAAUGUGGGAAGUUCUUUAGACAGAGCUACACCCUUGUUGAACACCAGAAAAUUCACACUGGCUUGAGGCCCUAUGAAUGUGGUCAGUGUGGAAAAUCCUUUAUCCAGAAGUCUGGCCUCAUUCAGCACCAGGUGGUUCACACUGGAGAAAGACCAUAUGAGUGCGGCAAAUGUGGGAAAUCUUUUACACAGCACUCUGGCCUCAUUCUUCAUCGAAAAUCUCACACCAUGGAGAGGCCUCACAAAAGCAACAAAUGUGAGGAAGCCUUCAGCCCAAGGUUUAACAUCACUUAGCUCCUGGAAGUCCACACUUGAGAAAGGCCUACACCUGCAGGAAUUGUGCUAUUUGGUCAGUAUUAGGCCUUAUGAGGGAACUGCCUGCC